AUGACGUCCGACUCGGAGUUGAAUGCUGAUGUGGUAGACACCAGAACUGUAAGAUCGCCUGAAGGGGUCAAGCACAAGGCGUACUUUUUUGCCAUCACGGACGCGGUGCGAAAGGUUUCGGACCCACAGGAUACGUGCACAUACAGCGGUAGUGAAGCUACUAAGGAAACGAACACUGGUGAUCUCGUUGGCAGCGGCGUCAACUUUUUCGUCGGCUUUCUCAUUCUCGUCUUUAUUCGACGAGUCCUCAACCAGCGCAAGAACCGGUAUCGAUUCGCGAGGGCAUUCCGCGAGACGGUAUGGCGACUUACACUACUGGCAACAAGGUAA